CUCUCACUUUCAUUUAUGUGACAUGUAUUAAUAAUCCACUUGUUCGCUCAAUUUCUUUACCCAAAACCAUCUUUCUUCCUCUAAAAUUCAUCUUCUCCCAUUACCAGGAAACCCCAUCACAUUUCUUCCUUCACAAUAAUCCUCAAUUAAUCUCCCUCUCCCAUUUCUUCUUCUUGGUGCAAUUACAACUUCUAUUGCAGUUACAGUUGCUUUUGUUGUAAGUGUUCGUCUCUGUCAUGAUAGCCUGUGUUUUCCUUCAGUAACAUGGCUGAGAGUGAGGAGAUGAGAGAGAAUUGGUCGGAUGGAUUGGGUGAGGAGCUGGUGAGAGAGCUUCUAGACGAUGAGACUCCAUUUCUGCUAUUGCCAAAUACUGGUCCAGAAGCUUGCCUUAGCAGUUUUUUGUCGAGGCUUUACUCGGGGCCAACAAUCGACGAAAUUGAGACUGCCCUCUCAGCAGCCAGACGAGAUGAUCCAGGUUCCAAACGAGAGGAUCACAGCGCUUUACGAUCAACAGUGACAUUGCUGGACAAGGGGAGGAAUAAGAUGGACAAUAAAUACACACUGAGUAUCAAAAGUUGUGGUAAUCGAGUUGCAGAUGACGGUUAUCAAUGGCGAAAAUAUGGUCAGAAGUCAAUAAAAAACAGCCCCCAUCCAAGGAGUUAUUACAGGUGCACGAACCCAAGGUGCAGUGCCAAAAAGCAGGUAGAGAAAUCAAUAGAGGACCCGGACACACUUGUCAUAACCUAUGAAGGACUCCACCUCCACUAUGCCUACUCCCACUUUCAAUUAAGACACCCCUUAACCUAUGCCCCUCCUCCUCAACCCCCCAACCAACUCUCUAAAACAAGACACACCCACUUUGAUUGCAAACACCCUAUUGCCUCUACUGAUAAUAAUAACAAUAAUAGUGUAGACCCACUAACCCACACACUUGCAAAAAAAAUUAAAGCAAACCCAUUAUUGGAAACCUCUACAUUAAUGGGUGACCAAGAUAAGGGUACUUCCACCCAAGACCUUAAUGACAAAAGGGCGGUUGGCAAUGGUGGUGGUGGUCGUCGUCGUGGUGGUGGUGGUGGCGGCGUGGAACUUUCAAUUGCUUUUAAGCAUGCGAAAGGGAUGCCAUUUGAACUAAAAGGAAAGUGA